CAGCGCUCGGCUCCGCGGGCGGGCGCGGCGGGCGGAAGUGGCGACGCUGGCGUCCCCGGAGUCGGCGGCGGGCGGCAGUGACGGCCCUGGCGCCGGCGGCAGUGACGGCCCCGGCGCGGACGGCGGCGGCCGGGGGGGCGGCGUGGACGCCCGCGGCGCCGGCUGGGGCAUCACCGCCGGCCUCGACCCCGAAAUGGCGCUGCUGGCCGAGCACCUGCUGAAGCCGCUGCCCGCGGACAAGCAGAUCGAGACCGGGCCCUUCCUGGAGGCGGUGUCCCACCUGCCGCCCUUCUUCGAUUGCCUCGGGUCCCCAGUGUUUACGCCCAUCAAGGCGGACAUCAGCGGUAACAUCACGAAAAUCAAAGCUGUGUACAACACCGACCCGGCCAAGUUCCGGACCCUGCAGAACAUCCUGGAGGCGGAGAAGGAAAUGUAUGGAGCAGAGUGGCCCAAAGUGGGGGCCACACUGGCGCUGAUGUGGCUGAAAAGGGGCCUCCGCUUCAUCCAGGUCUUCCUGCAGAGCAUCUGCGACGGGGAGCGGGACGAGAGCCACCCCAACCUCAUCCGCGUCAACGCCACCAAGGCCUACGAGAUGGCGCUCAAGAAGUACCACGGCUGGAUCGUGCAGAAGAUCUUCCAGGCCGCGCUCUAUGCCGCGCCCUACAAGUCCGACUUCCUGAAGGCGCUCUCCAAGGGCCAGAACGUGACGGAGGAGGAGUGCCUGGAGAAGGUCCGCCUGUUCCUGGUCAACUACACGGCCACCAUUGACGUCAUCUACGAGAUGUACACCAAGAUGAACGCCGAGCUCAACUACAAGGUGUAGGCGCGCCCGCGGCCGCACUCCCAGAAACAGAGGAGCCAGAAUCACUGUGAAGCAGCCGGAGGCCGCCUGGGCUGCGGCCCCCAGAGCGGCCCAGUCCCGCUGGGGCUGCAGGGGACGGCCCUGGUUUCUGAAAAGUCAUUUUUGGGGUCUAUCCUAACAGAGCAAUAAGUAACCGCCCUCCUUCUGAAUCACCUUUACUUCCACGGCAGCACAGACCGGCUGCCUUCAUUUCAGUGUGAUAAAAAUCAGUUAAUGUUGCUAAUAAGUCAAGUCCUAGGGUUUUCUGUCCCCGUCCCCCCACGUGGUGCGUGACCCUGGGGGAGCCCUGUCAUACACCUCAUUUUAAAAAUGAGCAUCUGGUGCGGUGAUGUUUCGGAUCGUGUAAGGACCACGAGGAGUCUGAUUGGAAAUCACACAGGAUUGUUUAAGCAGAUUGCUGUGUGCCCUGUGGCCGCACAGCCCAGCCUCACGGCGCUGUCAGCAUAGACCCCGCUCUUUCCUGCUGUCUUUUUCCAGACAGUUUUUUAUAGUUGAAAACAACCAGCAAGCCUUUGAUGACCUUGACCAAGGGGACUUUAUUUUAAAGCUAUCAGGUACGAGUAACUGAAUUUGCAUUCUUCUGCGUAAGUAUUUUCUUCAGGGACUGCCUGCCCCACCUAAGAAACUACCUAUCAUGUGUGUUCUCUCAGAGGGGAGACCACGAGCCCUCCCGAUGCCGAGACCCCCGGAAACACCUCGCUGCCUUAACUGUCCCUCCUGGCACUAACAAGAGCUGUAUUUUGAAAGUGUUGGGGUGAAUAGAGGGACCCCCAAAGAAUUCAUGUGUGUUAAAAACCCAAUGAGGAACAAUUGGUGAUUUUUAUGCAAACAUUAAAUAAUUCUUAAUAAAUAAAUCUCUAUUUUGGAAUCACA